UUUCAGAAGCUUCAAAAUUUUCAUUCACAUUAAACAUAUUGCGAACAACACAAAAAGACUAUACGGUACAAAAUGGCGGAUUCCAAAGUUGAAGUUAGAGGAUUCGCUGCGUGUAACGAUAAGUGUGGCUGUCCUUCGCCGUGCCCCGGCGGCACGACUUGCAGUUGCGGAGCCGGCGAGGCGGCCCACAAGCGGUGCUCAUGCGGGGAGCAUUGCGGAUGCAAUCCAUGCACAUGCAGCCAGGCUGAAGCCGCCGGGGGCAGCGGGACCGGAAAGAUGUACUGCAAAUGUGGUGCCGGUUGUACCUGCGCCACUUGUGCCAAUUGAAUUUUAAGAGCAAAGAGUAAUGUAUGGAUGGGUACAUUAUUUGAUGAUAUGUUUUAAGCUAUAUUAUUAUAGAACGGAAAGUAAAUUAUGCAAUGUAUGUUGUUUCGAGAGAUACGAUG